GCGGGACACCCCGCUCGCUGCUUCUUUCCAAGCGCUUCCUGGCCUCGAGGGCAGCCCCCUUCCCCGGGACCCUUUGUGACUGCCCCUCCAGCCUUGGGAUUAAACUCAACGGCCGCGACCCCAGCCUCAAAAGACCCCCCACCACCCUGCCAGAAAGAUGCCAGCCGGCUUCCAGCAGAUCCGAAGAGAAGAGGAAGAGGAGGAGGAGGAGGAGGAGGCGAUGAAGGGCACGGAGGCGGCUGGGAGUGAAAUUACCCCCGUCUUAAUCCUGUCUGUCCUGACGGCCAUCUUGGGAUCCUUGCAAUUCGGAUACAACAUCGGGGUGAUCAAUGCCCCCCAAAAGAUCAUCGAGCAGAACUACAACGCGACCUGGCGGCAUCGUCAAGGCGCGGAGAACGGCUCCUCCAUCGAUCCGGCCACGCUCAACAUCCUGUGGUCCCUCUCGGUCUCCAUCUUCUCCCUCGGCGGGAUGCUCGCCUCCUUCAUGGUGGGCGUGGUCUCCGAAUGGCUGGGCAGGAAAAGAGCCAUGAUCAUCAACAACGGCCUGGCCUUUGUCGCUGGUGGCUUGAUGGGGUUGGCUAAAUUCGGCAAAUCCUACGAGAUGAUGAUCUUCGGGCGGUUUGUGAUCGGGGCUUUCUCAGGAUUUGCCUCCGGACUGGUCCCCAUGUAUGUGGGGGAGAUCGCCCCCACCAAGCUUCGGGGGGCUUUGGGGACCAUGAACCAGCUGGCCAUUGUCAUCGGGAUCCUAAUUGCCCAGGUGUGCGGCCUGGACACUCUGCUGGGCACGGAGACCUACUGGCCUCUCUUGAUGGGCAUCACCGUGGUGCCCUCCAUCCUGCAGCUGCUGCUCUUCCCUUUCUGUCCGGAGAGCCCGCGCUACCUGUACAUCAUCCGAAACAAGGAGUCCAAGGCCAAAGAAAGUCUCAAGCGGCUGACCGGCCGUCAGGAUGUGAGUGCGGCGUUGACGGAGAUGAAGGAGGAGAAACGGCGUAUGGACAUGGAACACAAGGUCUCCAUCCUCCAGCUCUUCCGUUCCCGCAUUUACCGCCAGCCGCUGUUGAUUGCCGUGGUCCUGCAGCUGUCCCAGCAGCUGUCGGGCAUCAAUGCCGUCUUCUAUUACUCCACCGACAUCUUGACCAAAGCCGGCCUUGAGCAGCCCAUUUACGCGACCAUCGGAACGGGCGUGGUCAACACCAUCUUCACCAUCAUUUCGGUGUUCCUGGUGGAGCGGGCAGGAAGGCGGACGUUACAUAUGCUGGGCUUAUUCGGGAUGGGGGUCUGUGCCCUUUUGAUGAUGACCUCGCUCCUCCUUCUGAAAACCGUGUCCUGGAUGGGCUACCUGAGCAUGGUGGCCAUUUUCGCCUUCGUGGCCUUCUUCGAGAUCGGGCCGGGCCCCAUCCCGUGGUUCAUCGUGGCGGAGCUCUUCAGCCAGGGGCCACGUCCGGCCGCCAUGGCCGUGGCCGGCUUUGCCAACUGGACUUGCAACUUUAUUAUCGGCAUGAGUUUCCCGUCCAUCCAGGAGGCGAUCGGUCCUUACGUCUUCCUCGUCUUCGCCAUCCUCCUCUUCAUCUUCGCCGCCUUCACCUACCUCAAGGUGCCCGAGACUCGGGGGCGGACCUUUGACGACAUCGCCGCCACAUUCCGACGCACCCCGUCGUUGUUGGAUCACGAGAUCAAGCCCUACACGGAGCUGGACGAGCUGAGUCCGGACGGCCACGAAUGACGAGUGGGGCGGGAGGGCAGGGAAAGGAAUGGCAUGGCGGAGAGGGAAAGGAGACCACAAGGAGUGGAAUCAGGGACGGUGGCAAAGAUAGCAGGGUUUGUCUAGCACUUUAGGGCCACGAGGCCUGGCCGGAGAGUCUCGUGGUCUCGGCCAAUGGUUUCUUUGGUCCGGUUGCAUUUACUUUUUUAUUAUUAUUAUUAUUAUUAAUAUUUUUAAGAGAAAAGCAAUUAAAAGAAGAUCAGAUGGUUCGGGAGGGCAGGCAUCACUCUCACUCUGCUGUAAAUUAGGCUUUGGAGUAGAAAGAUGCCCUCAGGGUGGCCCCAUUUUGCCUAGAUUUUCCCCCCGUUUCCCAGAGCACUUUCUGACGCACGAACCAAGCCCCCCCCCUCACGCCCCCCCACCCCCCAGGAGAGAGACUGGCUGCCAAAUAUCCCUUUUCUCCGAAGACUUUUCCUGAUUUUGUACCUGGUUGGCUUGGGAUAAUGCUAUGUCCUGAGUGCAUAUUGCACAAGAGCAUGGACAGAGUUCCUUGCUGCUCCCUCAGGAGGUUCCACAGGCAGCCUUCCUUUUUCACCCGAUUCAGGAUAGGCAUUUUCCAGUAACCUUUGACAUCUUCCGGGGCUGUGGCUGUCGAAACGUGGCCAAUUUUAAGACCUGUGGACUUCAACUCCCAGAAUUCCCCAGCCAUUCCUUCUUUCCACUUUGCUGUCAAGUCAAGGUAUAUUACAUCUACUUCAUUCCCACCGUCUAUUAAGAAAGUUACCCAAUCAAAAAAAUAAAAAUAGUAAUCUAAUCUCAUUUGUUCUUGACCUAUACAUGGCUGAAUUCUGGGUGGGGAAUCCUGGGAAUUGAAGUCCACAAGUCUUAAAAGUGGCCACGUUUGAUCACUCAACACCCCCGACCUCAAACCACGAAUGUGUGAUGAAGGCUGAGGCCAAACAAGACGAUGUUGACCAGAGAGGUGGAAGAGUGACCGCCUGGGAUGCCCUGUAGUCCUUCUCUGGGCCUCCACGGUGACAUUGGGACUACUGAGGCCAUCUCCAGAGGAAGGACUACAAGUUCCCUACUCAGACCUGCGAGAGACGGAGGGAGGGAGGCUGCUUUCUAUGGACCAGUGCUUCCCAGCCUCCGCAACUUUAACGAAGGGUGGACUUCAACUCCCAGAAUUCCCCAGCCAGCAUUUGUGGGUUCAAGGAAUUCCCAGAAUUCCCCAGCCAUUGUGGAUGUUUUUCAACCACUGUUGAAUUCUGGGAGUUGAAGUCCACCCAUCUUAAAGUCGCUGUGGCUGGGAAACACUGCAAGACGCAACGUUCCCUCGGUUGCUCUCUUGGGUAGGGGGGAUCCCCUUGUCGACCCCCUAUUUCCUGGACCUCCCUCCGAGUCAGGGAUCCGAGUGCGAGAGACGCUGCUGUGCUUCUCCGGAGAGCUGAAUUGACCUCUUGCAAAACAGUCCAUUCCUGGUGCAAACUGAGCAGCUGAUCAGAUGGCACCCCCCCCCCCGCUCGCCUUCUGCCUCUCCUGGGUCCCCGCGAUUACAAGGCCAUUGACUGCCCCCUACCCCAAAACCACCACAGAUGCUUGGCUUGAGAUUAAAAAGGGAAAACCUAACCGGAGCUGCUUUUUUUCAAGCUUGCAAAUGGUUAGGAUUAAAAACAAAAGUUUCAAAUUGCAAAAAGGAUGAUUUUGCAAUAUAUAUAUAUAUAUAUAUAUAUCAGUAAAGGAGAAUAUUGGUAACUCAGGGUUGAAAGGAGGGGUUUUUGGUGCUCUCUGAGCUUAGUGGUUUUCUUGCAACCAUCUCAUGACCCAGCUAAGUAACAUCAUCAGUGCUAGUAAGGAACAGGGUUUGCUCAGGUCUGAGCUGGUUUAAUUCUCUCUCCAUCCCCACUUCAAGGACUCCCCGGAUUUUAAAAGGCGGGGCCGUUAAUUCCUAGGAAUUAAUUUUUUUUACGCAGAGCUUUCUAAAUUGCCCGGCGUGUGAACUCUUCUCUUUAAUUCCUCUUCAACCCCUUUCAAACCUCUUUUUUUUUUUUUUUGCAUCCUACCAAGAGCGCUUAGAAAUUAGUUAUUUUUAUUAUUUUCCCUACCAAAGCAGGGAACUUUUAAAACGAAAGCCGACAAGACUGCGGGAAAUUCGACCACCUGUGCGGGAAAAGCCGGAACGGAGAAUGAAAAGAAAAAUAAAUAAAUGCAAGACUGUAAAAUUUUAUUUUAUUUUUUUUAAAAGAUUUUUCUUCCUCUUGGCGCGGAAAGGUUGCACGUUUGCGGCUUUGCGUCACGAGAGAAAAUGUCUUAACACGGCCCAAGGAUUUAUUGUGUGUGCGCGCGUGUGCAUGUUUCCUUUUGUAUUUCUAGAAAAAAAAAAAUAACCCCAAAAAACGGUAUUUGUAUAUAAAGAAUAGAUGGCUACA